AUGAUCCUGCUUCCAGCGAGUUUCAAGUAUGAUUUGAAGCGAAACAAGCUUACCAAGAUGUCAUUCCAGAUUCCCGUGUCCAAUUGCACAGUCGCAAUUCCCUCUCUUGGGAAACUGGAGGGAUUCCAGUAUGCCAAUGGUGUCCAGCAGUACUGUGGUAUUCCGUACGCCAAUCUUCCCAGGCGCUGGACUAGAUCCACUCUGAAAACCUCUUGGGAGGGCGAUUACCAUGAUGGGACGAAGCUAGGAAGCGAUUGCCCUCGACCAUAUUUCGAGGGAGAUGACGGUGACGACCUCGUGCCCGGGCCGCCAAACCCCAGUUUUCCAGAACCUCCCAAGACCGACGAGUUAGAUGGUCUUGUGAUGAACAUUGUACUCCCAUUUCCUCCAAGUGAACGAAAGGUUCCAGUCCUGGUAUAUGUGCAUGGAGGUUCGCUACUGUACGGCGGUGCCAAUCUCCCCAUCUUCGACGCGGUAAACUUAGUUUCGCAAAGUGUUGAGAUGGAGAUGCCCAUUGUUUGCGUCAAUUUCAAUUAUCGAGUCGGCCUGGGAGGUUUCAUGGCUAGUGAGGCCAUUCUGCGCGAGUUGCAACAAGACGGGUUUCAAGGAUGCGGGAACUUCGGCUUCACCGAUCAGCAGGUUGCUUUUGAUUGGGUUCAGCGAUACAUUGAGAGCCUGGGUGGAGAUCCGGAUAGAGUGACUGCUGUUGGAGAAUCUGCUGGCGGCAUAUCGAUCAGCAACCAGCUUGUGGCUGCACAUCCCCCGCGGUGCCACCGUGCAGUCUGUAUGUCAGGACUGUCUGUGUCCAUUCCUCCCUGGGACAUGAAGCAACAUGAGGCAUUAUUCCAGGCGGUUUGCCGACACUUUCAGAUCGAUGCCUCGCGGCCUGACGUACUAGACUGCCUUCGCCAAAUUCCUCAACAGGAGCUUGCCGACGCGACCCCCGAAAUUCAAGGAGUGCUUUCCGGAACAGGCAACCCUUGCCUCGACGGUUGGUUCUAUCAGAGAGAUCCUUGUGAGAUUCAGGACCCGCCCGCUUGGCUUGAAGCCUUAAUGCUGGGAGAUACUUACCAUGAAGGAAUCAUUUUCCAUCUAAAUCUCCUGAAAGACGAUUUUGCUUCGAUUCGAAAGACACUGCUCGACCAUAUCGAGAAUGAGAACGAAACAGAUGAGAUUCUGGCAGAAUACAACAUUCACCCAGGGCUAUCACACAAAGUCCUCCUCGAGCGCGUUGAACAUAUGUGCGGCGACGCAGUCUUCAAGAUUCCCAACUACGCCACGGCCCUGAAGAGCAUGCAUCUCCACGAGCAAAAAGCUCUCUUCUUGUAUCACUUUGAUCAGCGCUCUAGAAUUCAGAACGCGCUAGAAGGAACCGCAUACCAUGCUCAUGAGCUGCUAUAUCUUUUUCAGAAUCUGAAAAACAAGAUGAGCCCGGAAGAAAGAGCCAUGGCUCGGGAUUUCGCGGCCGCAUGGAUCAAAUUCACAUGUGGCGAAGCGCCAUGGACGGCAUCCAAGGGGGACUGGAAGGUUUGGGGACAGGAUAGCGCUCAAGCCAUAAGAAGCGAAGAGGAAGAUGAGAACGUCCGAUUGUAUGCACGAAUGCGGCGAUUGCUCGCCAUGGGAGAUGGGAAGACCUGGAAAAGAUGGCUUAACGGGGUGGAUGCAUUGGUAAAUAAGAGAAUGAACAUGGGUAAAGGAGUGCAAGUCGCUCCAUAA